AACAGUCACAAGUAUAUGUCGUUCUCUAAAUACAUCCAUGGUAUAUGUCCCUACUGUCUCAUAUUUGCCGCGCUCCCUGCAUCUGUUUGCAGUGUGCGCUGGCGUGCAGGCGGAUGUGCAUGCACGCAAGCAACAGAUCCGAGCGCAUGCGCAAUUCAUUGUUUUGACUGAAAAUGCCGUCGGUUUCGAAAACGGCGGCCAAUGCGUCUCCUCAAACCGAGAAACCUACCCACUAUACAUACUUGAAGGAGUUCAGGACAGAGCAGUGUCCGCUGUUCCUACAGCAUAAGUGUACGCAGCAUAGACCCUUUACGUGCUUUCAUUGGCAUUUUCUCAACCAGCGGCGAAGGCGACCCAUUAGAAGAAGAGACGGAACUUUUAACUACAGCCCGGACGUGUACUGCACGAAAUACGACGAGACUACAGGCAUUUGCCCAGAUGGAGAUGACUGUCCUUAUUUACACCGGACAACUGGUGACACAGAGCGCAAGUACCAUCUACGCUAUUACAAGACUGGCACUUGUAUCCAUGAGACAGACGCUCGAGGGCAUUGUGUGAAGAAUGGCCUCCACUGUGCGUUUGCUCACGGGCCACAUGAUCUCCGACCUCCAGUCUAUGAUAUCAGAGAGAUUCAAGCACAAGAGGCCCUUCAAAAUGGACAGUUGGGAUCUGGCGAAGGUAUUCCUGAUCUGCAGCCUGGUGUAUUAGCCAGCCAAGCUAUGAUCGAGAAAACCCUGACAGAAGACCCCCGGUGGCAAGAUACCAACUUUGUUUUAGCCAACUAUAAAACAGAGCAGUGUACUAAGCCCCCAAGACUAUGCAGACAGGGCUACGCUUGCCCCCACUACCACAACAGUAGAGAUCGAAGACGAAAUCCUAGAAAGUUCAAAUAUAGGUCAACUCCCUGCCCUAAUGUGAAACAUGGGGAUGAAUGGGGCGAACCCUCAAAGUGUGACAGUGGAGACAGUUGCCAGUAUUGUCACUCUCGCACUGAACAGCAGUUUCACCCAGAGAUCUACAAAUCUACUAAAUGCAAUGAUAUGCGACAAACAGGAUACUGCCCCAGAGGACCGUUUUGUGCGUUUGCACAUGUAGAAAGAAUUCCCUCUACAGAGGAGACCAUGAGCUCAUUGCUAACAGCGAUUCAGUCGAGUUCACAGUCCCAGCUGGGCUCUCAGCAGUAUUCAGAGUGUCCAAUCAGUGAGUGGAACAGUGGAGGCAGCUCCACCACCAGCGCAACCAGUAGCAACGGACAAGUAGGAAGUGUUUCAUGUUCUAAUAGCUCAACUGUAACUCCAAGCUCAGGAAACGACAGUUUGUUAUCCCCAGUGGGAUCCAUCAGCAGGUCGAAACCCUUAACUAAUUGUAGUUCAUGUUCAGAAUCCACCACAUCCAGUGUCUCAUCUCUGACGUCUAACUAUCCUAAAGCUCCGGGCUUUGAACGUGAGGAUCAGAUUAAGAACAAGGGACAGUUGGAUCAGAAAUUGAUGGACCAAGAAAAACAGACACAGCAUACUGUAUUCUCUGCGGUUAACCCUUUGGCAUCAAGCUUUACCUCCAGUAUAACAUCCAGCUUGGCCUCUAGUAUUGGCUCAGAUAGUUCUUCACCCACCACCUUAUCAACAAUGAAUGCAAAAGCCACACCUUUCUAUCCAGGGAGCAACACAGUGGAGUCUGUUAUAGGAUCCGCUCUGGACCUUAACUUCAGUGACAUUAAUGUUGCAUCUCUUGAUAAGGAGUUUGAAGAGCAAGACAACAGCGUUGGAUUGGCAAGUAAAAGGGUGCUGGGUGGAUCUGCUCCAGUUAACAUUCCUGGCUCGCUGGCACGAUCGUCCUCUUUUAAUUCUUCAUCUUCGCUCUCCACCUCCCCGCUAAGCUCCCUCUCCCAGUCGCUGUCGCAGUCCCUGCUGUCGCAGUCCCUGCUGUCUGGGACGUUAUCACAGCAAAAUCAACCUUCAAACAUGUUAGCCAAGCAAGAGCAUGGCCUCCUGGGAACACCCACCUCUUCUUCCCAGAAUUCUUUGGGCUUGAAUGGAGGGGCUAGCAGCAUUUGGGACUUUGUAAGUGGCAGCUUUUCACCGAGUCCAUCUCCAGUUUUCAGCAGCCUAACCUCUGGAACCAGCAGUGCUGAUCUGGCCCGUCUUUUUAGAGAUCUGGACGAGGCCAAGAGGAAAAUAAAACAAUGGGAGGAGGCCUGGCAUCAGGUCAAACAAGCCUAUGAAGCUUGCCAGAAAGACGCUCAUGAAGCAAAGGAACAAGCAAAAACGGCCGAGACAGAGCGGCAGCUGGCAGAACAAAAAUGGGAGGAAACAGAGCGCAAGCUGAAGGAGCUCCAGGGGGACUUUGAUGUUCUUUGUCGCACCCCUGGAACACCUCUACUACGUAACUAUGGAGAGUUGGACAAGCUCCCCUUGUCAAAGCUUCACUCCAUCCAGAGUCAGCUGCGUAAUGACCUAGACCUUAUAGAUGGGGUAAUAUAUCAGCUUCAGUCAAAGAAAUGUAUAGUUUGCCAAAAGCAUGAUCGUUGCAUUGUUCUGCAGCCUUGCCAACAUUAUGUACUAUGUGAAACCUGUGCACCUAGUAAAACAGAAUGUCCCUACUGUAGAACAAAAAUAUUGAAGUGGUGAUGUACAAUUACUCGAGGUACUAUUUAAAGAAUUAGCCCUUUGGAAAAACUACUAAUAGAUAUUACAUUUUCUAAAUAACGAUGUCUGUUUCAUACAGUGAUUGAAUUAAUUUAGGAUACAAUGAUGUUUGACAACACAACUAGUAUUAGGAAUCAGAUGUGCAGGGGAUUCAAUCAUUAUAGUUUUUGCACAUUUUAUGUGCACAUUACCUCAUCCAGAAAGCAUUCUGCAUGAAAAGCUACACACUCAAAUUAGAAUAUCAAAUUACCUUGCAGUGCCCUUUCUCAAAUCUUCAAUCAUGAUUUGGACACUCUAAAGGACAUAAAUAAUGUGUCCACAUAUCUGCUUUACAGAAAAAAAAUGUAUACAUAUAUGUAUUGCCAAGCUGACAUUUUGCUCUUUUAUUCAAUCCAAAAUUACAGAUUAUUAAAAAAUUGCAAAGAGGACCAAUAAACUUGGUUGAAAGCUGUAUACACAAAGA